AUGCUUGCCAUUAAUCUGUUUGCGUUCGAAGUAGGUGGAGUCAAGCUUGUGAAAGCUCUAGACUGUGCGUAUCUCUCGGAUAGUACUAUUGGUUCCAAGUCAAGAGUCAGGGCUGGUGGCGAAGAACAGGAGGAAGAGGAAGAAGAAGGGGAAGGAGAAGAAUUCGGUGGGCUGGAUGGACAUAACGGCGCUGUUGAGGGUGUAGUUGAUGUGGUUCGGUUUGUUGCUGAUGAUGAUGAGGUGGUCGUGGGAUCUGUUGGUAACGAGACUGAGAAGGCGGAGUUGUGCCGAUAUGUUCUUUCCUUCGUCUUGUCCAAGUAG